AUGCCUUCUUCAUUUAAUCCAUCGUCCGUUGGGUCGGAGAAGCGAGGUCCUCUUACAAGUCAUAGCAGACCGUCUUCUGUUAUGACAACUGAUCCACCGCCAGGUGAUGGAUUCAAGCUUGGUCAACGAGGCAAACUCGUGUUUUUUACUUUGGCUGUGCUAGUCUUGAUGGCGGCUUUGGAUGGGACUUCUCUUUCGGUAGCUUUACCGACCAUCUCCCAAGAAUUAAAUGGAACUGCUAUAGAGGCCUUCUGGAGCGGAACUUCCUUCUUGUUAAGUUCUACAGUAUUCCAACCGAGCUUCGCAUCUCUCUCCAACAUAUUCGGUCGCCGCCCUAUGGUCCUCAUUGCGAUUCUGUUCUUCUGUAUCGGCGCAAUUGUGUCUGCUGUUGCAAAGAACUUCACCUAUAUGCUCGUGGCCCGAACCAUCCAAGGAGUAGGCGGUGGUGGAAUCAUCGCCUUAAGCGAAGUGAUUAUCACCGACAUCGUGCCAUUGCGGUAUCGCGGACAAUAUUUUGGAAUUAUGAGCGCAAUGUGGAGUCUUGGAUCUGUCACAGGUCCCAUUCUAGGUGGCGGAUUUGCCGAGAAUGUUACUUGGCGCUGGAUCUUCUACAUCAACUUUCCCUUCAUCGGCAUUGGAGCAAUCUUCGUCUUCCUCUUCCUGAACCUGAAGGUCCUGCCUGGCUCUCUCGUUGAGAAAAUUCGCCAAAUCGACUACGUCGGAACGAUCCUAUUCGUCGGAAGUCUGUCAUCAUUCCUUAUCCCGAUUAGCUGGGGCGGUAUCUCUUACGCAUGGAGCUCGUGGCAUACACUCGUUCCAUUGAUCAUCGGCAUAGCAGGUCUAUUUGUCUUCGCAUUUUACGAGUAUCGUUUCGCUUCCGAUCCCAUCAUCCCGCCUAUGAUCUUCGUGAACCGCACAGCAACGGUUUCAUUCAUUGGGAGUGUCCUCCAAGGUCUGAUUCUGUGGUGCACGCUCUACUAUCUACCAUUAUACUACGAAGCCGUCAAGGGAUUCAGCCCUAUUCUCUCGGGUAUCGCUCUUUUCCCUGAGACGUUUACUGUUGCACCCAGUGCAGUCGUUGUUGGUAUCGUGAUCACUAUUACUGGACACUACCGCUGGGCUAUCUGGCUGGGUUGGAGUGUGUCAACCAUUGGACUGGGUUUGAUGUGGUUGAUCAAAGUGCAGACCAGUACCUAUGGCUGGAUCCUGUUGAAUAUCGUCCCAGGAUUGGGGCUGGGCAUUCUGUUCCCAUCAAUCGGAUAUGCGGUUCAAGCAUCCGCUGAACCGGAGAACCUGGCUAUCGCGGUUGCUAUGUUCAGCUUCUUCCGUGCCCUGGGACAAGCUAUUGGUGUCGCGGUUGGUGGUGUUAUCUUCCAGAAUCAGAUGUAUAAGAAUCUCCUGAAAUAUCCUGCUCUUGCGCCUAUGGCUAGCGCCUAUAGCCAAGAUGCAUCAGGGUUGGUGCAGGUGAUCAAGAAUAUGGCUGAAGGUUCGACGAAAUCGCAUUUGAAGGAGGCUUAUACCGACAGCCUGCGCAUUGUCUGGGUGGUCUGUUGUGCUAUCUCCGGAGUGGCUUUGCUAUUCAGUCUGUUGACUGAGUCUUAUGACCUGGACAGAGUCCAGGAGACUUCCCAGGGUCUCCGCGAUGAAAAGGACAAUAUCGACGAUGAGAAAGACCUUGAGGCUCGUGCCGACCAGGCCAUGCAGCAGGGAAACCCGCUGGCAUGGUAG